CCCCGCCCCGCCCCUCGGCGGCUCCAGGUGCAGCGGUGCGACCCAGGCCGCUGCCGGGGCCGGGGCGGGCGGCCGGGACGCCAUGGCCGAGUCCCAGCUGAGCUGCCUGGACGAGGCGCACGUGAACGAGCGGGUGACCGAGGCGCAGGCCGCCUUCUACUACUGCGAGCGGCGGCGGGCUGCGCUGGAGGCGCUGCUGGGCGACGGCGAGCAGGCCUACCGCGAGCGGGUCAAGAAGGAGAAGCUGAGGGAUUUUCUGUCCAGCCCGGAGCGCCAGGCCCUCCGCGCCGCCUUGAGCCCCUACGAGGACCCUGCCCCGCCCACCGCCCGGGGCAAGAGCAAGGCCAAGGCCAAGGCCCCGCCGCAGGACCCGGCCGAGCCCAGCGAGUCCCUGGCCUACUGGCCCGACCGCUCCGACACCGAGGUGCCCCCGCUGGACCUGGGCUGGACCGACACGGGCUCUUACCGCGGUGUGAGCCGCGUCACUUUCUUCACCCACCCCCCCAUGGAGGAGAAGGCGCCCCAUCUCAAGCAGGUGGUCAGGCAGAUGAUCCAAGAGGCCCAGAAGGUCAUCGCUGUGGUCAUGGACCUCUUCACCGAUGGCGACAUCUUCCAAGACAUUGUGGAUGCUGCCUCUAAGCGUCGGGUCCCUGUGUAUAUCAUCCUGGACGAGACAGGCGUGAAGUGUUUCCUGGAGAUGUGUCAGGGCCUGGAGCUCAAUGACUUCCGUAUCCGGAACAUCCGUGUCCGCUCUGUGACAGGCAUUGGCUUCUACAUGCCCCUGGGGAAGGUCAAGGGGACCCUGUCAUCAAAAUUCUUAAUGGUAGAUGGUGAAAAAGUAGCCACUGGAUCUUAUAGGUUCACCUGGAGUUCCUCCUACAUAGACAGGAACCUUCUGCUCCUCCUGACAGGGCAGAAUGUGGAACCCUUUGAUGUGCAGUUCCGGGAGCUGUACGCCAUCUCCGACGAGGUGAACUUGAACCAGCAGCUGGGCCUGGGAGGAGGUGCAGGCAGGCUCGGCCUCAACUACUCCUCCACCGUGGCUCGCAAGCUUAUCAACCCCAAGUAUGCCCUGGUGUCCAGCAGCCGCCUCCCGCCAGGGGAGAUGAUGCGCUGGGCUGCCCGGCAGCAACGGGAGGCUGGUGGCAACCCAGAAGGGCAGGAGGAGGGCAGCAGAGGCGGCGAGUCAGCCCGGCGCCUGGAGAACUUCCUGAAUGACCUGGUCACGCUACAGCAGGUGCUGCCCCCCGUGGAGUCCAUACCCUCGGGAGGGCUGCGUCAGAAGGAUGGCAAGGUGGUCUCUUACCUGCACGUGGACCUGAAGCCCCGAGAGGCACUUGCCCGAAAUGGCAAGGGAGAAGCUGCCAACGGGGAGGCCACCCCGGCCAAGGAGAGUAAGCGCUUUAGCAGCAGGUUGUUCAGUCGACGGGCCAAGAGGCCUGCAGCGCCCAAUAGUAUGGCCAGCUCCCUGUCCACCGAGACCUCUGCUGAAGUGCAGUUUAUGAUGGGGAAGAAGCCCAACGAUGGCUCCAGUGCCAACAUCUCAGGUAAAACAAGUCCCAGUCCUGCCAAGACCAGCAAUUGCGUGAUUUCCUGAGCCUUGGGCCUGCAUUGGGCGGGACCUGUGGAUGCCCCGCUGUCCUGUCCUGGGGAGAACACAGGUCACACCCUGCACCAGUUUGCACAUCAGACCCCUACUGGCCUACCUAGCAGCCUCCAUUCUGGCCUCAGAGACCCUGAAUCCCAGCUGUGAGGGUCUGCAGCAUCUCAAGACAAUCACCCACCUCCACAAGACCAGCGGUGGCCGGGCAGGGGUCACUCCUUGUUUACAUGAAGUGGAAGCUUGACUAGUGUCCGCUCUCCUUUAUGCCUGAACCCUCCCUCCACUGGGCCAGCCUUGCCCUGCAGGGCCCCAGAUGGGGUGAGCCCAUAUCUUUAUACGUUAAUGUGAUAGGGUCUCCAUGGCAGCCCCAGGCCCCUGACUUCUCCUUCCCUGGGCUUCCUGGUGCUUCUGGUCCCCCCAGCAGGUUUGGUGGAAUAAAAGGGAAAAGGACGGCUCUGAGCCCGGGACCCAGUCUUGCCCUGGCCUCUGAACUCACGGUGGAAGAUGCUAGGACAGCUGGGACACUGGCUGAUGUGGCAUUGCUGCCUGGGUCCCUGCAGCUCUUGCACUAGGCUCUGAAUGGGAUGAGGGGAAGACCCCCCCCUCCCCCCACUGGGAGCCAGUGGCAGACCUUGACAUGCCUUUUUGAGAGCCCUUGUCCUGAGGUCUCCUUUCCCUCACUCUGCACCAGCUUGGUGCUCUUCGUCCCGAGGAGUCCUGGCCUCUUUGGCUAUUGCCUGCUGCAAGCCAAUAUGGGGGCUCUUCUAGUGCCUUUACCCAGGGCCACUCCCUCCCCCUAAUGUGCCUUGAUUUGCAGCCCACGGCAGGGAAAGGAAGCUUGGCCAACAGGCUGGUUCAGGUGGUGUGUUUGCCUUUUCUCCCACCCCCGGGAACCCUCGGUUUCCUUCACCAGCUGGGACUUACACCCCUUCUCUAGUUACAUUUUAGCCAAAGACCAGCCUUAGCCCCCUAACACAGCCAAAAGUCAGGCUGUGUUAGGACCCUCCACCUCCCCAAAGGGCCUGAUUGCCGGGAUGCCAGGCCAGGAGACCACCCUAAAAUUGCACACUGCCCCCACACCACUUGUGACUUGGUGCGGGGCGGUUCUGAGGAGAGAGUUUGUAAAUGUGCCAAACUGCAGGCUCUGAGCAGGACCCCUCGGGCGGCAGCGUGCUGGGGCUCAGAGCCCCUGCUGUGAACACACCAGGCAGCAGCCCGUCUCAGCCUCUCACUUCUGAACCAAACUCUUGUCCUCAUACUGUCCCUUCUGCAAAACCCUGGGGCACCAGCAACGACUGGGAGCGGGGCCCAGAUGUCUGAGGCUGCUGAUUUGAGAGGCCAGCAAGGGGAGCCCGGCUGUGCGGAGGCGAACAGAUGUUCCUUGAGGAGCAGGAAGUGGGACAGCACAGUGCAGUCCUUGGAGAAG